GUUCUAUUUCUUUAUCAUUUCUUGUGAUGGAUCUUCAUGCCUACAGCCUACUGCAUGUACAAUCAAUUUAUUUUCUAUUUUAUGGUGUCCAGUAGUAUGCCUAAAUGUUAAUACCUUGCUUUCCGUAGAGGAUUUGAAUAACGAAGGAGUGAAUUUAGAAAGUUUGAGAGUGAAAAUAUGUCAGGUCACACAUAUUGUGUGCAACAGCGGUUACUUGCACAUUGUUUUCCGGUUACUACAAGGUUCUUUUAUGAAUGUUCCCUUUGCUCACAUUGGAUAUUCCAGAUAUAAAUUAUUAAUGUACUUUUCAUCGCGAAGAUUCUAUGAGUCAAGAUGCACUGUUAUCUUAAUACUAUUCUUGCACAUUGAGUAUGUUUUCUCCGUACAAGGGAUAUUGGUAUUUUAAAAAUAAACCAUUUUAAUGGCAUCCUUCAAACUUAUUAUCAUUGACAGAUGGUGUACUAAAGUUCCCCUUCACUGAAAAAUGUACUCUGAAGUAUGCUUUCUUGAUAAUGUGACUCUUAGGUUUCGCUGCAAUUUAAGUUAUUUUUGUAUGCUUGACAAUGUUACUCUUAGAUUUCGUUUCAAUAAAAGUUUGUUCGACAUGAACUUGAUUUGAUUGAUGAAAUGCCAAUGGUGGUGAUGUAGAAAUAUGAUGUCAGUGUUCACCAUUCCUGUUCCUGGGCAAUUAUGUUCUAAGGAGGUAGCUGAAAACUACUGCAUGUACCAUACACAUGGUGCAUCAGUGUCACAGAUGAGAUAACAGAGGACAUUGCUGCCGACCCCACCCUGCCUUGUAGCAAAGUAUGUAAGUUGUGCGAUCUAUAUCUAUGCGCGAAGCUACACUUCUAGGUGAGGAUCAUCUUCAGAAAUACCCUUCAAAACAUCCAAAUCAGUCCUGAUGAGCAUGACCGUUGGAGCUACACUUUGGGGAGCGGAUCAUUUAUCCUCUGCGAGCAGCUAGGGCGUACGCAGUUCGAGUCGGUCAAGGCCGACAACGACUGUGCCCAGGGAGAUCCAGAAGGGCAGUUGAACCGCCGGAAUUGAAAGAACAUGAGGAGCAUCCUGCCGUUGGACUAUCAGUUUCGUGAUUACAUGCAUCUUGAAGCUGCACCGUGGGCCCUCUAGAACUAUCAAUUUCGUGAUUACAUGCAUCUUGAAGCUGCACCGUGGGACUUAACAGUACUAGUUGAGAACAAAUCACGCAUUUUUCUUGCACGUGCACCUUCAGGUUACAGAUACAAGGGCGAGUGGCUGAAUAGUGUUCAAGCAGAACCUGAUGUUAUCUCAAUGUCUUUUGUACCUAUUACUUCACUAUUGAAUGGAUUUCUUGAAAGUGGAUCUCCGAAUCAUGCAAUCAAUUUGUACCUUCGAUUGUAUAAAUCAUUCCCAGUCAAGGACCUUCACCGAUGGUUGGAGCACCAGGCACUCAAAGUCGACCAAGCUUAGGUGUCGGACCAUCUCCUAGCUCAGGUGUCAACCGAGUAGCAAUCACUGCCGCAUGCCCGCUGGGGCUUUCUGUCUGCACCGUUUUGCUGCUCUAAUCGGCUCUGGUCUUUUGGGAAUUGGGAGAAUGGCUGGGUGCGGAGCUAGCGAUCGCUACGUCAGUGUGACAUCGACCACGAUGAAGGUGACCAGUGAGGGGCCAGAGGCAAGUCGAUGCUGCUCCUUCAUCUCAUCCUCUGGUGGCACGGCGAGUCUGUUAAUACGGCGGCAGUAUCGCACGCAUUGCUCGGUGUGGCUAGAGUAGAGGACGGGCAGCCAAACCAAGAUUUGUUGGAAAUAGUGCUGCAGUGUCCAUGGCCUCAGAACAAGGGAAAGAAGAUAUGUGAAAAUGAUGAAGUUGAUUCAGGCAAAUGGACAGAGCUCCCUGAUGAAGCCAAGGAGCUGGACAAAAAACUUUGCCAGAUAACAAAGGACAAGAAUGAGGCUUUGCGUGGCCAAGAUUUUGAGAAGGCUGGGAAAUUAAGAGAUGAGGAGAUGGAGAUGAAGGCUCAAGUAGCUACCAGUAUUGACAAGAGCAAGGAAAUGAUUAAAUCUGUAAACAAAAUAAGGUGUUCAAGGAAUAAUUUCCAGUUAGAUGCUUCGAUUUGGGUCACUCCUGGUUAG